GUUUUUCUCUUUGUGCGACAGACGCGAGGCGAUUAAUAUCAACACACACGCGUGUAAUUAAGCGCGAUAUCGAGGGUAUUAUUCAUAACCGGACGAUUUGACGAGCGUCGCUCGCGGCAGAUUGCGAAAUAUGGAGCAGAGUACCGUUUUUCCAUUUUUUUUUUUUACCCGUUGCGCCCGUUCGCGGCCUUCCAGCAUUUUUUCCCUUUCCUCGCGCGUGUCGCUGUCGCAACGCGUGUACGUUUCCGCGAACGGAAUUCCAACGACUGAUUAACCCACAUGUGCGUGUGUCUCUCUCUCUCUCUCUCUCUCUCGUAUAUGUAUACGGUGAAUUUUUCUCGCGAAUAAAAAUGAAAAUUAAAAAUUCGCAGUGGGUCUCGAAGAGAGACGAGAUGUCGGAGGGUUGCACCAGCUGCAGGGGCGCAAACUACGCGGGGGGUUGUCUGCAACAGUUGGCGAAAGCUUCGCCGAGCGGAUGUUGCGUUUGCGGAUCAGGAUCGGCUGGGAAUGCGACUGCUCCUGGAACAGCUGGAAAUGCUGGGGUACAGGCCAAGAGGAGGGUGCAGGUUCGCGCGAAAGUGCUCUACGGAAGCGGGGCUGCUAUAGCCAGUCUCAAGGCCCAGGAGAAGGCGGCCAGACACUAGUCAGGAUCGUCGUAGUCUCGUGUGUCGUUCUAACAAGCGCACAAGUCCUCGGCGUCGAGAAUGUCCGGAAACGUCCCAACAAACCGGAGCAACGACAGAUGACGUCCUCAAAGGUGAACGUAACCGACGAGUCGAUAGUCGUCAGCAGAACAGACAAGGAUGACGAGGAGGAAGAUGUCGACGACGUCGGGAUAGAGCCGCGAGAGGAGGACCUCAUCGAAGCCGCCGACUACGGCAUUCAGGCGAUGAACGAACUGUACUACGUCAAAGAGCCCAAGCUCUACUCCAUGGGGAUCUUUCUCAGUCCGGACAAUCCUGCGAGGUACGUAGCAGCCUUCAACGAGCAGACCGAAGAAGCCAAGCACCUGGCCAAGUACGGAUAUGCGGCGCUCGAAGCUGCCCGCAAGCUCAGCAGCAAAUAUCCCGACAUCUCGCGGCAGGCGACGCGGACGCAGAGCACCAGGAAGACCCUCCUCCGUCAAAACUGUCCGAAGAAAGGUAUCCCGGAGUGUCCGCCAGCGAGUCUUCGUUACCGCACCGCCGACGGCAGUUGCAACAAUCGCCAGGAGCUUUGGUGGGGAUCAUCCAUGUCGACGAUGCAAAGGUUCCUGCCGGCGGUCUACGACGACAACAUCCAGAGCAUCCGUAGCUCCGUCACCGGUGCUCCACUGCCUUCUGCCCGGGAGAUAAGCGAUUACAUCCACGUGGACCGGGAUGCGCCGCUCACCUCCGUCACCCAUAUGCUCAUGCAGUGGGGACAGUUUCUCGAUCACGAUAUAACGGCGACCGGUCAGAGCAGAGCUUUCAACGGCUCGGUGCCGCAGUGCUGCUUGAACGGAGGCACCGGAUUUCAGCCGCCGGAAUCCCUGCAUCCCGAAUGCCUACCGAUCGGCGUACCACCUCACGACAGCCACUUGGGUCGAUUGGGCGUUCGUUGCAUGGAGUUCGUGCGCAGUGGUCCAGCACCGCGCGAAGACUGUGAACUGGGCACGCGAGAGCAGCUGUCCCAGGUGACGAGUUGGAUCGACGCCUCGACGGUUUACAGCAGUAGCGCGCGACAGAGCGACGGUUUGCGCAUCUUCCGUAACGGGCUGCUGCAGUACGGCAAGAUCCAGUCGAGGCGACCACUCCUGCCUCGUCAGGUCGACUCGGACCUGUGCAUAAGAGGUUCCCUGUCCACCAGUUGCUUCCGAGCUGGGGACAAUCGACUGAGCGAACAGCCGGCUCUGACGUCGUUGCACGUCGUUUUCUUGAGGCUGCACAACCGGUUUGCCACUCAGCUGGCGGCCCUCAAUCAGCACUGGGGCGACGAGAAGAUUUUCCAGGAGACGAGGAGGAUCGUUGGCGCGAUCGUUCAGCACAUUACCUAUCGGGAGUUCUUGCCGAUCGUUCUCGGACACGACGUCACGAAGAUCUUCGACAUCGAGCCACUGCGUAAAGGAUACUACGAGGGUUACGAUCCAAACAUCGAGCCCAACAUCGCCAACGGCUUCUCGACCGCUGCCUUCCGCUUCGGACACUCGCUCGUGCAGAACAGCUUCGUCAGAUUCGACCGGUCCCAUCAGCCGAUUUUCAACAAUGUCUCGAUCCACAAGGAGUUCACGAACCCGGCGAACUUGGAAACCGUGGGCUCCGUCGACCGGAUCCUUCUGGGUCUGGUUAACCAGCCCGCGCAGAAACGAGACCAGUUCAUCUCAGAGGAACUGACCAACCAUCUCUUCCAGACCCCAGGUUUUCCGUUCGGUAUGGACCUGGCUUCCCUGAACAUCCAACGUGGUCGAGACCACGGCAUUCCUCCCUACGUCGAUUGGCGACUGCCCUGCAGUCUCAGUCCAGUUCGCGAAUGGAGCGAUUUGGAUCGUGUUAUGGUUCCCGAGGUCGCCGCCAAAUUCCGCGACGUGUACGCAGCUGUCGAAGACAUCGACCUCUUCUCCGCUGGUCUGGCUGAGAAACCCGUAGCCGAUGGUCUGGUUGGUCCCACCUUCGCCUGCAUCAUCGCCCAGCAGUUCAGGAGUCUUCGGAAAGGCGACAGGUUCUGGUACGAGAACCCGUUCCUCGAGAGCGGCUUCAGUCCCGAACAACUGCAGCAGAUCCGCAGGACCACCUUGGCGCAGAUCCUCUGCCGGACCCUGGACAACAUCGACAACAUUCAGCCGUUCGUCAUGCUCGCCGCGGACACUCUCAGGAACCAGAGGCUGGACUGCAAGGAUCCAUCGCUGGAUCAGAUGAAUCUCGACGCCUGGAUAGAACGACCACAGCGACGCGAAGCCGAGGAAGAGAAGCAAGAAGUGUUCGAGGGCCGAUCUGGCAAAGCGGCAACUGGUAAGAACAAACAGGCCAGUGGUAACCCGAACGCACAGAGAAGCCCGCAAAGACCAAAGCCCGUGAAGACGAGGAUCAACCAGAAUAACCGGAUAGUCGUGAGGCGACCACUGGGUCCGCACGAGAACCUCACGAUCGUCGUCAACAACAACGCCGUGAACGCGCCCGUCUUCGUUAGCGACUCCAUUUAUGGAUCCAACCUCCAGAUCAAUCACUUCCCCAGCAAUUCGGACCCACCACAAAGACCGAGUUACGACUCGGUGCACACGACUCGUCGACCACCGCCUACCUCACAGCAAUCCUACGAGAAUCACUUCACCACACCGCGCCCGUACUACCCACACAACUUCCAAGAUCCGAAUAAUCCGAAUCCACCGAGUUAUGGAUUUAACACCAAGCCACCGAACAAUUUUCCCAAUAACGAUUUCUUCGCGUACAACACACCAAUGAACCUACCAGGAAAUAUUCCAUCCUUCGGUCAGAACAACUAUGCUGGAGGUCAGCAAGGCUCUUACGUCACGACAAAGAGACCCAAGGUGACCACCAGGCCGUCCCUAGAGGCGCACAACUACUUCGAUACUUAUCAGGAGCCUUCCUUCACCACGAAAAAGCCAAGACCCUUGUAUAACGAGCCCAACGUACAGUAUUCCAGCGCCGAGUACGAGCAGGAAGUGACGAAACCGUUGAACUACAACCAGGAAGAGUACAGGCCGACGAAAAAACCAAAGCCGCCAAAGAGACCAACGUACUCCCCUGGUAGACCUCAGGUCGAGGACUACAGCGACGGGGACGUGGGCUACCAGAGGCCCACCAGGCCCAGUGGAUACUUCAGCAACACCGCGGGAUCCGGCUAUAAUAACCAGGCGAGCGGACCGAGUUAUGAUCUGCAAAAGGAAGGAGUCGAUCAGGAGAUGCCUCACUAUCUUCACACGCACAGUACCGUCUCCAACGUGCAAUACGUGUCGUCCAAGAGGCCACACGGCUCGCCACAGAGGCAGAAAGUCAAGGAGGGCGUACAGCUCCCGAAACCGAUAAGCAGCAAUUUACAAAAUCGAGAAUCCAGUGACGGUAUCGUUGUCAACGCGAGUACUCGCGUGUCCACAAAAAGACGCAAGACCACGACGACGACUACAGUCCCGACAGCUACUAGCGAUGAUGGUAAACGGACGGCGUUAAGGAACAAAGCUGAAAAGAAUAAAAAUAGAACGAACGAAGAAGUACCUUUGAGAACAUCGACUGCAAAAAUGCCAUUGGAGAAUCCGGAAGAAAACAAUGAUCCUUCGUACACGACACCGAGAAAUGAAUUGCCGAGGCCUAUAAAAAAAAUUAAAAAACAUGGGAGAUGAUUAAACUUAUUUUAAAUUAGAUGCUGUAAUUUGUAUAUGCGAUUAUGCUUAUUUAUUUAUUUUCUAUAAGAGAGUUUGUAAUAAAUUUUCAUACUAUCUGAAAGGUU